AUGACUUCUUUAAUAACACCUGUUCGCCGCGUCCUCACUGCGAGUGACUCCCAAGGCAAGGGUUACUUCGCCUCUGAUGACGUCCUGACUCCCUAUGAUCCCACGACCGCCCCUGAGUUCUCACCACCGACAGAGAAAUCUGGAUUUGGCGUCGUUCAAAUCCAUCGAUCGCGCAGUUUCCCUGCGGACAACCAGCGUCCACUGGACGACGAUCCGCAUCGAACACUUGUGCCACUAGCCGACACCAAAGGUCCCUCAGCUCGGAUCAUCGACCUACCGCCUCAUCAAGAAGGUGGAUGGAUGCAUCGCACUAUCAGUUUGGAUUACUGUGUUGUACUCAGUGGUUCGGUUGUGUUUAUCAUUGACGGAGGAGAGGAGAAGAUACUCAAUCAAAAUGAUAUCAUUGUCACUCGCGGCGUGGACCAUGCUUGGGUCAACCGAGGAGAUACCAUGGCGAGAGUAUUUGUCGUUGUUGUCCCUUCUUUGCCCAUUGUGACUGCGGACGGAAGCAAAUUAGAAAAGACACCUGCUGGACCGAUCUAUGACCCCGAGGAAAAAGAUGAUUAA